CCCGGUACAAAGAAACCGGUAGUGAACGAGCGAUUGUGCAUCGCUCACGUGAUGCAACAUGGCAGAAUGUCUUAGAUCUAAGAUAAUGUACUGAAAUUUGACGUUGACAUUAUUUUUCACUAUAUUCUUGUAUAUCACUUGAAAUAGUCUUCAUCGCUUGUACUAUGAACUGAUGUAAAUAACUAGGAAUUUAAAAGUCUUGUUAAAUAUUUAUCUGGAUUACUCUACAAGUGUUUUAACAAUGACUGAAGAAGCAAAUAUAGAUGUGUCCUAUCUAAGUUAUGACGUAAAUGGCUCACAAUAUAUUUACAAAGUUACACCAUAUUCAACAGAUUUUAAAGAAGAAACAAAUACAGUCGACAUUGUCAAAGAAAAUGAUCUGGAAAAAGAAGAAGAACCAGUUUCUUUAGUUUAUUUAAAUGGACAAGUAUAUGCGUUUCAAAAUGGGCUUCUUCACGAAUUAAGUACCAGUCAGUUUCUAGAACAAAUGGGUUGUGAUGAAAAUACACUAUUAGUAUCAAAAGAUAUGGAAAAUUGUAGUGAUGAAUUUAUCAAAAAUGAAAGUAUGAUAAUGCCAAAUGCAUAUGGGCAUUCUGACGAACAAUACGAAGUUGUUGCAGAUGAACAAGGAAAAAAUCUUGUUGUACAAAAUAAUGUUAAUAUUGAUAAUAAUGUUAAUAUUGAUGAUUUCAUGGAAGUUGUGACUGCAUUCAAGUGCAAGAUGUGUACUUAUGUACAUCAAGACAAGAUACAAUUACUAGAUCACAUUCAAAAAAUACAUUUGAAUUCAACUGUCGAUAUUGAGUCAACUGAAGAACCUAAAAACAUGGAUGAACUAAGAGUAGUUUAUAUGUGCGCAGAUUGUUCCACCUGCUUCCCUUCUUCUGAAGAUUGCAAAGAACAUAUGAUUAAUGAUCAUCAAUUGACUGACAUUGCAAGUGAUGAAGCUGGAAAGGAAAAUUUGACAAACGAUCUAACAAAUCCUGAUUUACUGAUUCAACAUAUGGAUCAACAUAUCGAAAGCAACCAGACAGAACGUUCUGUAAAAAUUCCAAAAACAUUAAGCUCGGAAUAUAUGCGCAACAGAAAAAUAAUAGAAUUAACAGAAAGAAAUGUGAAGUGUUCGUAUCAAGGCUGUCCUUAUAAGUUUCCUUCGGAAGAAGUUAUGCAGCAACAUAUUCUUUGUCAUGCGGACAUUGAUAGUGUGACAAAAUUCAAGUGUACUGUAUGUCGUGACGUGAAAUUUACAAAGUGGCGUCAAUGUAGUUUACAUUUAUGGAAGAAGCAUGAAAUUGAUAUAGGCUUGUUCACUUGUAAAAUAUGCAAAGCCUACAAAAGCGCGACUAUGGUCAAACUCUUGACACAUAUGAGAGUGCACAGUGAGACUCGUGAAUACGCAUGUCCAGACUGUGGUAAAUGUUUUAAACAAUCUAGCCAAUUGCGCAAUCAUCGUGUGAUGCAUUUAGAUCGCAAAGCGCUGGAUGUAACUCGAUGGUAUACUUCCAAAAAAUGCGAAAUUUGCGGUAAAAUUUAUGCAAACUCGAAAUCUUUGAAAAAUCACAUUCAAGCGGUGCAUUCGAAAUUACGCCCGUAUGUUUGUAAUGUUUGUGGCCAUGCCAGCGCUAGAAAGGCAAUGCUGCAAAUGCAUUUUCGUCAACACACGGGAGAUAAGCCUUUUAGUUGUGAGAUUUGCGAAUAUAAAACUGGAGAUCAUAACACUUUACGACGACAUGUUAUGCAACACACUGGAUUUCGACCCUAUAAAUGCCCUCAUUGUUCAUAUACCGCAAUUCAAAGUAGUAGUUAUAAAAAUCAUUUAAAAUCAAGACAUCCUCUGUUGUCUGGUUUAUUUACGUGUGAACUGUGUCCUUUUAAAACGGUAAAACAUGAAAGUUAUAUUCAACAUGCAAAGGAUCACGAAAAAGGUUUAAUAAAACCAAAUAUGCAAAAGAAAGAUAGCGAGAACGUCGAAGUCUUUCCUGGUAAUAUUGCGGCAGCACAAUUGGUUUAUAGUUGCUUAGGUGCCUUUUCGAGAGACGGGGAUACGUUAGAAGCUAAUUUGAUGUCUUCCUCGACAUCAGCCGAUGGUACUUCACAAACAAUCACGAUACAAAUUCCAUCUAAACAUCUCGAAGGUUCAUUAUCUACAAGAGACAGUUUGCACAGACCUGAUUCUACAAUUGAACAAGAAGACGACGAAACAAUGCACUGCUUUCUAAAAAUUCCUAAAGAAGAAGAGGAAAGUAUAGACACUGGUGGUAUAACAAUACCUGCAGAACCUGAAGAGAGAAACAUGAGUACGAUUGAUAUUGAAGAAACGAGCGUGAUAACCGGUGAUAUUGAAGAAACAAAUGUGACGCACAUUGAUGUUGAUUCGUGAAAUUAUGUAAAUGAUUAUAUUUAAUUAUCAAAAACUAAUAAAAUAACUUCAACAUUAUUCAAAACAAAUAAAAACUUGA